AUGGCUCCGGUUACCAAAUCACAUAUAGAUCUAUCGAAAUUCUCUUUAAAGCAAGUCUCUUCUGAACGUCCACGGAAUCAGCAACCCAAAUCUCAAGUGCUAGCAUCCGAAUUCGCUAUAAGAGAGAUAUUUGCCAAAUAUCCGGUUGCUCCAUCUCGAGAACGAAUACGGGAAUGCUUUAAAGUGCUCGACGACAUAAUACCAAAUCUAGGAAUCGGUGCUCAAGAUGUUUUGAAAACGCUACGUGAUGAGUUCAAAAAGGCAAUCUACGCCCGCGAGCUAGUGACGAGUGCCGAUUUGGGACAGGGUGUGGAGGCUAUUCCUUUUUUUGAUGCUUUUCGUCGAGUUGAUGAAAUAAGGUCUACGGAUUUGGACUCUGCACAAGAAACCAUGUCGGAGCUACGUCAGAAACUGAGUUAUCGAGAAAAAGAUAUGCAGAACGUUUAUAGAAAGAAUGCGUCACUCAAGCAGGAGCUAUUGGCUAAAGAACGGGAAACGGCUGCGAUGACUACACGGAUUGAAGACUUAACAGCUCAACUGAAAAAGACGGAAUUCAGAAUGGGAGAGGAUCAAGAUACAUUACAGCGGUCUGUCUACGAGCUUACGAAUAAGGUCGAAACUCUUCAGACGGCUCUUACACAAGCUAAUAUGAUGAUUGAGAAAAUGACAGUCUUAAAAUCAGCAAACAUGUCCGAUGAUUCAUCACGAGAGGAUCUAUCUCAACCAAGAGAUGAAUUCACCAUCGGACCAUCGUCACUUGCGGAAUACGAUCUAAAAGAAACAGAACGAAUCGAAACUCAAAUGUCGCUAGUGUUGGACGGCCAAUUAGAUGACUUUGAUGCAGCUCUUAAUCAGUACAAGAAGAAGGCAGAGCUAUUGAUAAAUACUGCUAUUGAUGCUGAAGAGAGUGCUGCUCGUGAAAGCGCAUUGAGAUUAGAGUUACGAGACCUAAACCAUUCAUUCGCUGAUCGAAUGAACAGAUUCUUGGAAGAGCAAGAUCUGCUUCUAAAACAUGUAAAGGGUCUCAAAUUGAAGCAGAGCAUGUAUGCUAAAGAAGCGGACAAUACCGCUGUUGAAAGGACUGCUGAUAAUGCCCUUAGGAAAUAUGCUACUACGAUGAUGGUAUCAAAUGAUCACGGCCACACAUUCAACGUCCCUGAUGCCCUCCCAUUCUGCAGCAAAUGUGGGACCAAGACAUUACUCUGCCCACAUCGAAUACUUCGAAAGGAACUAAUGGAAGUUCCCGAAAACACGACACAUGUACGAUUCGCACAUCCCGCUCUACGAUUACGUGCAAACUUGCAACAUAAUUGGCUUGAUGAGAUUCUGGGCAAGAAACCUGAACCUCCUGAAGAAGACGCCGAGUCUUCUAGUGAUGAAAGUACUGAGGAUGACGAUGAUUCCGAUGAGAUGUCAAUGGCAGUUACAAGGAUAUGGAGAGACUACAAUGACAAGGGUGGCACGAAACCAGCACGAGCAAGACAGAUUUCAGUCGAGAAACUGGUUGCCUUGAUACAAGAAAUCCAUUCAGCUAGAUGGACGGAGGAGCAACGUAUGGAAGCAGCGUCUGAUGAAUGGGAGAUUUUAGGGAGCAUGUCUGAAUACUUUUACGAAUUCGUGAAGAAACGAUACAUGAUCCUAUUCGUUGCCAUGAAGGCCAUAUACGACGUGCUUCAUUCUCUACAGAUGCACGAGUUAGCUCAUCCAACCAUAACGCUCUUCGUGAGAGACCUGGGUGGUGAAGAUGACGUUACGUGGAAGUACAUUGAGCUGGUUCGUAAACUGGCAGCAUCAAGGCCGAGUCUGGAUUCGUUCAGGUAUCAGCAGUUCUUGCGAAUAUUGUAUCCAGCACGAAAGCAAACAACGUAUGAUCACAUGGCAUUAGAAAUGAUUGCAUUCAGUCAAAACAAGCUGACAGUCGAGACCAUUGAGAGCUACAUCAUGAAGCAAAUACUGGAAGAUCGAGAACCUAAUUUUGCCUUCUUUGGACGGCGAUUAAGAGCAUUUGACCCCAAAGGCCAAGGAACUCUAAUUCUCAACGAAUUCCAAGAAGCAACGCGACAACUCCUGCCAACCCUUCCGAAAGGUUUCACACUGCUCCGUUUCAGGUUAGCACAAGAUGGAGAAUCUGAAGAUGUAUCCAUCAUAAGACUCGCAAGGACAAUGUCCUAUGCCUACAUCUACUUGGCAUCGCAACAAGAAUGGAUAGCUCCUGAAGUAGGCAGUGUUGGUGCGGAUUUCGAAGAGAGUGUGUCAAGUUUGGAGGAGGAUGUCAGUCCGUCGAAUCAUGACAUUUCGGUUAAGACGGUUGCUGAACCAGAUGCUGAAGAAGGUGGAGAGGAUGCAGAUGAUGAGCCACGACAGACAUCAACCAAACAACGAAAGUCACAUGAAGAUGUAAAUGAUGAGCCUCUUAGAUACGAGUUACCAAAGUUCAAGUUUGUACCGCGCAAGUAG